CACCACAAGGAAAGAAUGCAGAGCUUUGGGGCAGUUGCAGAGCUCCUUGCGCAGACCUUCUGGCGACGUGUCCCUAACCAGGUAGUUACCACGGUCACGCUCCUCCAUCUCUUGUUCACGCUGCUCAGGAACCAAGGACCCUCGUCACCCGUGUCGCUUCUUGCUCGUCGGCUCAGACCAUCCUCCACCAUGUCCUCGGCCGCCUCCCCAGUCCUCUCCGUCGUCCCCUCUCGGGCCCUGGUGGACGAGACCUUCCGGGUGACUGUGCAGAAUCUGCCUCCGGGCUCCGCGGUGACCCUUCACUCCCUCCACCGCUCCGAGGACGAGGACCUGUGGGAGGCCUACGGACACUACGUCAGCGACCAGUGGGGAAGCGUCUCGGUUGCAGAUGAUUUCAGCUUCGGGGGAACAUACACAGGAAAAGAAGCCAUGGGGUUGCUGUGGAGUAUGCGUCCCGUCCCUGGCAGCUGCAAAGGCCUCAGGUUGAGGAAGAAGAACGUCUGCACUCCCCAGCUGGUCCACAUCUCGGUCUACGACGGCCACGUGGAGGAGGGCUUCACAGAGCGGCCUCCCCUGGCCUCGGUGCUCUCGGAGAGAUGGUUCAUAGGUCCAGGAGUCCGCAGGGUGGAAGUCCAAGAGAAAGGAGUGCGAGGGACGCUGUUCAUACCUCCAGGUCCAGGACCCUUCCCCGGCGUGAUGGACAUGUGGGGCGGAGGGGGGGGGCUGGUGGAGUAUCGGUCGGCCCUGCUCGCCUCUCACGGUUACGCCUCUCUGGCGCUGCAGUACUUUGCUGCCGGUGAGCUGUCAGCCAGCAAAGAGUUCGAGUACUUUGAGGACUUCCACCCCAAGGAAAGAGUGCAGAGCGGGUUCAAAGUCCGCCGCAGAGCUUUGGGGCAGUUACAGAGCUCCUUGAGCCGGCGCGGACCUGCUGGCGACGUGUCUCAAACCAGACCCUCCUCCACCAUGUCCUCGUCCGCCCCCCCAAUCCUCUCCGUCGUCCCCUCUCGGGCCCUGGUGGACGAGACCUUCCGGGUGAGGGUGCAGAAUCUGCCUCCGAGCUCCGCGGUGACCCUUCACUCCCUCCACCGCUCCGAGGACGAGGACCUGUGGGAGGCCUAUGGACACUACGUCAGCGACCAGCGGGGAAGCGUCUCGCUUGCAGAUGAUUUCAGCAUCGGGGGAACGUACAUAGGAAAAGAAGCCAUGGGGUUGCUGUGGAGUAUGCGUCCCGUCCCUGGCAGCCGCAAAGGCCUCAGGUUGAGGAAGAAGAACGUCUGCACCCCGCAGCUGGUCCACAUCUCGGUCUACGACGGCCACGUGGAGGAGGGCUUCACAGAGCGGCCUCCCCUGGCCUCGGUGCUCUCGGAGAGAUGGUUCAUGGAUCCAGGAGUCCGUAGGGUGGAAGUCCAAGAGAAAGGAGUGCGAGGGACGCUGUUCAUACCUCCAGGUCCAGGACCCUUCCCCGGCGUGAUGGACAUGUGGGGCGGAGGGGGGGGGCUGGUGGAGUAUCGGUCGGCCCUGCUCGCCUCUCACGGUUACGCCUCUCUGGCGCUGCAGUACUUUGCCGCCGGUGAGCUGUCGUCAGCCAGCAAAGAGUUCGAGUACUUUGAGACGGCGUUUAACGCGAUCAGGCUCCAUCCCCUGGUGAGCCCAGACAGAGUUGGAAUUCUUGGUUUUUGCCUCGGAGCGAUCAUCACCAAUCAUUUGGCAGCCGAGAGCACCGUCAUCAAGCCUCGUUGUUGCGUUUGUGUCAGUGGCGUCCACAUUUGUCCACGCGGGGCGUUGCUCACAGGAAUCUACCAGACGAUGGUCGCGAACACUCACAAGGUGCAAGUGGACGAGAACAACCAUGAGAUAUGGCGAUACAGGCUACUCCCAAUCCCUGAUAACCCCGCUAAGAAAAUUGACGUGGGUAAAAUAAACUGCCCAAUGUUGUUGGUGAACGGCCUCGACGAUCACAACAUGCCAGCAGUGGAGGCUGCUGAGGAUAUGGCCCACAUGAUGCGAGCAGCAGGGAAAGACCACCUGCUGACCAGGAUCGAAUACCCAGCUACUGGACAUCUGAUCGAGCCGCCCUACUCGCCUCACUUCAGAGCCACCAAUUUCAAGAAAAGCGCAAGAGAGAAGGUCAUACUACUUUUGGGAGGACAAACCAAAGCUCAUUCAGAUGCUCAAGAGGACUCCUGGAAGAAGAUCUUGGCUUUUCUACAGCAGCACCUGUAUUCCAACGACCCCACCAGAGCCAAGAUGUGAAGGCAGAGGAGCGUGUGCGUCGCCAUGGCAACCUCUGCAGAGACAUGGUGGUGACGACACGGUGUCCACAGUGUCCCCAAAAUUAUUAUUAUUAUUCAUUGAAAUGAAAAUGUUUCCGUGUAAAGAAAUGAUUCACCCACAAGAGUGUUUCUAGAGAAAAUGUCAAAAGAGUAAUAUUAUUAAAGAUGAUGAAACUCUUUCUGGAGUUUAAAUUUCA